AUGGAGUCACCGGAGCUUGAUGGCUCGCGCUCCAUGGCCCGAGACCGAACCUGGGACUUUGCCCGGGAGCUGCGCUCGCUGCGGGACUCCUGUGCACGUUUCAAGGGUGAGGAAGUGCAAGCUCUUCGCCGAAGCAACGAAGAGGUCGAGAGAAGUCUGUUGAGGAGACAGCUAGAUGAAAGUGCAGCGUGGCAGGACUUCUUGGGCAACUUCAACAGCAGCAUCGAUGUGAGGCUGGAAGGCCUGCAUUCUGAAACCAAUCGGCGGCUGGAAAUGCUGGACAGCCGCCUGGUUAGAGUGGAGGAGGGAAUGCGCUUCGCGGACGGUGGCUUCUCUGUCGAGGUUCACAGGGCCAUGUCGGAGGCAUUUCUCCGAGUUGAGCGGAGUGCCUCAGCAGCCGCUGCAGCGCUAGCGGCUCAACCUCGAAGGGCAUGCCGUUUUCGCAGCCGAGAAGGUGAUGAGCAGCUUGACGGGCCGGAGCUGGAUGGCGAGUUGCGAGACUUCGCCGAGGAAGUGUCGGACGAGGAUCUCCCGGAGGCUGCAGGCCCCGGCGGCCCUGGCGGCCAGCGCUUCUCGCUUCGCGGGAGCUCCUCGGCUUCCACGGCCUCUGGCAAGGAAGAGCGUGAGGACGCGAGUUCCUCGAAGUUGGAGAAGCUGGGACUCCGUCUCGUCGUCGCCGCGGAAGCCGCAGCACGAAAUGCCGCAGCGGAAGUGGCAAGAGAGGUGGCCGAUGCCGCGGCUUCGAAGCUGGCAGAGCUGAGGCGCCAACUGCUGAAGGAGGCGGAGCGCCAACGCUCGUCACUGGAAGCAGCAGCCGCCGAGAUGGGCUCGCAGGCGGAAGCCGCAGUGGCUAUGGUCAAAGGUGCCGAGGAUGCUGCGGCCGUGGCGGAAACUUUCUCACUGCGCCUGGAAGCUUCCGAAAGCGAGAUUCUGGAGGUGAAGGAGACAGGCGCCGAAUAUCAUGCUGCCUUGCAUCAGCGUCUGGCUUCUUUGAAGCUGGAAGUCGCUGAUGCUCUUGGCCCAAAGAUCGAAAACCUGGAGGAGCAGCUCCAGGCAGAGAGCCAGCGGCUGAAGGCCGUCGCAGGCCAAGCCGAGGCCACACAGGAGGCCUUCCGGCGGAAUUCGGAGGCCCUGUCUGAGCUCUCCGAGGCCUCCUGGACUGAUCGGGCGGAAUGCGCUCAGCAGAGACAGAUUCUGCAAGAACUCUUCGCCGAGAAGUUCGCUGACAGUCUCUCCAGAUACGACAAGACAUCCUCCGAACUGUCCGCCGUGGCUGAGGUCCUGAACGGCCGAGUGGAGGCCGCCGAGACGUCCAUCGGCGAGCUGCGCACGGACUUCGGCAGCGCCAUGAAGCUGCGCCACUCGGAGUGUAUGGAUCUUCUCGGGAGCCAAAGGGCUGAGCUCGAGAAGACUUCCCGGCGCCUCAUGGAGGAGGCGGUCGAAGAAGCGAAGAAGGCAACGGGGGCGCUGGACGCAGCCUGGAGACCAGAGGUCCAAGAGAUUCGACACGAGAUCCAGGCUUCUCAGCGCAAGUCAGUUCAGGCGCUGGAGUCUGAGAGCGCGAGAUUGACCAAAGCUUUGCACGAACUUCAGCGUCAGGGCAUCAGCCAUGAGUGGAUGGUGCCACGGGCACAUCAACGCGUCGAGUAUUUGGCCAUGAAUUCCAGCGAUGCAAAGGGCAUCUGGAUGGAUUCACCAGAAUUCCGGCUUGGAGGACAAGGCCCACUUUUCCUGCGCUUUUAUCCGCAAGGAGUGUCAGGCGGUGGUGGUCUUUGCGCAGUUGGUCUGUAUGCACCCCGCCAAGACAAGCUUGCCGCAUUACCGCUUCGUUUGGACCUUCGUGUGGCAGACCUUCGCAAGAGAGCCGUGGCGCAGACAGAGGCAGAGGGCGUGCUGUGGCUGGCGCACGGCUUCGGCACCCUCGAUCUGGUCAGAGCCGACAAGGAAGACCUCUCCAUAGGUGUGGAGGUUCCUCCCUUCGCCUGGGCGGCUUUGGAGAGGGCGAAUCCAUUCCAGCAGGGGCCAUCUUGUGCAGUAAAACUGCAGGAUGCCGGCAAGGACUGUCCAAAGCCGACAGUCCGCAUAGAUCAGAUCUCUCAGCCGGAUUGCAAAGCGGCAAACUCUGUGCCGGGAUCGCCGAACGCUGCAGGCCCUGUGACUGUUCUGUCGAGCCCAAGUCCAUCACGCCCUGGAUGGACAGUUUUCGGCGACCAAGGUGGUCGGGAUGCGGUUGAGCAGCCCGAGCGGCGUCGCCCAUGGUCAGCCCAUGCCGCACAUGCACUGCGAUCUGCAAACAUGCCGGCCGCAUUUGCGACGCUUCCGGCGCAAAGGACCCGGAAACCUCCCACAAAUCCAUUCCUUCCGGCCACAAGUGCCGACGGAGAACGACCGACGAAUCCUUUUAUCGACCGGCCGUGA